AGAUAUCACAGCUCCAGCGGCAGGGAAACACACCCGUCAGCAGCGCGCAUUGGAGACAAAAAGCGCAUCACGGACAAAGGAAUUAUGGGUGCGCUGGAGAGGAUUCACCUUAGCCGGGUAACACUAUGGAUGAGCCGCUUCUGUUUCAUUACCGGAAGACCAAUUAGCCCACCUUAAUGAGGUGCUGGGCAAGAUACUGCAAGCUAAAAAGGCGGAAGGCUGCGUUUAAUCCGUCUGCGGAUCCUAUGAGCUUGCAAUGGCUGUGGCGGGGAUAUGCAACCGGAUAGGGAAUGAUGUGCCUUUUUAUUUUGUGAUAUUUUCCUUGUUUUGUGGCCUUUCGUUUGGACAGUUACGGUAUUCUAUCUCAGAAGAACUGGAAAAUGGGGCACUGGUCGGUGAUCUGGCGCAUGACUUGGGGCUGGAUAUUCGAAAGCUCGCCACCCGAAAAAUUAAGGUAACCUCCAACAGCGGCAAACGCUCUGUGAUUGUCAACCCCAAAAAUGGUAAAUUACUCGUCAAUGAGAGGAUUGACAGGGAGGCGCUGUGCGAUCUCACCACCACCUGCCUCAUUAAUCUGGAGGUGAUGGUUGAAAACCCCACUGAGGUGCACCAUGUUGAGGUGGAGAUUGUGGACGCCAAUGAUAAUGCGCCGCAGUUCCCCAGAGACGAGUACCAACUAGAAAUCACAGAAUCUGCUUUACCAGGGUCUCGUUACCCCAUUGAAAACGCAGAGGACCCAGACAUCGGGUCCAAUUCUGUGCGCAUGUAUCAGCUGAGCACAAACGACCAUUUCGCGCUGGUGUCCAACAAACCCUCCCUCAAUACAAAGCACAUCGAGCUGGUGCUCAAAAAGCCCAUUGAUCGAGAACAGACGCCUUACCACCAAUUCAUUCUGAGUGCUGUGGAUGGUGGGACGCCAGAGAAAACAGGUACGGCUACAAUCAAUGUCCGGGUCCUGGACACAAAUGACAAUAUCCCCACGUUUGACAGCUCAGUGUACAAGGUGAAACUGUUGGAAAAUUCGCCCAAAGACACUCUGGUAAUUAAACUGAAUGCUUCUGAUCUGGAUGAGGGCACCAAUGGGGAGAUUUAUUACUCUUUCAGCAGCUACACUCCAGAGAGAGUGAGGCAGAUGUUUAGCAUGGACACCAACACAGGAGAGAUAAGAGUGAGGAGCAAUGUUGAUUAUGAAGAGACUAACUCCUAUGAGAUGUACAUUCAGGCGAUGGACAAGGGCCCUGGGGCGAUGGCGGCUCACUGUAAGGUGGUGGUGGAGGUGGUGGAUGUGAAUGACAAUGUCCCUCAAAUAGUGCUGUCAUCUCUGUCGAGCCCUGUGAGGGAGGACGCCCGUGCAGACACAGUUGUGGCCCUCAUUAGUGUUACUGAUCGAGACUCCGGCGCUAACAAGCAGGUGAGCUUGGAGAUCCCAGCAGGCCUUCCUUUCAAGAUCAAAUCAUUCAGAAAUUACUACACUCUGGUUACCUCAGCCUUCCUGGACCGCGAGACCACCGAUGCCUACAAUGUCACUCUGAGUGCCACAGAUGGAGGGAACCCACCGCUUUCCUCCCAGAAGACCAUACAGGUGGAUGUGGCUGAUGUAAACGACAACCCUCCGAGGUUUGAGCAGACUUCAUACACUGUAUAUGUAACAGAGAACAAUGCCCCCGGGGCCUCUUUGUGUACUGUGAAGGCUCAAGAUGCAGACAUUAAAGAGAAUGCACGCAUCACCUACACAGUGCUCAAUGACAACAACCAUGGCAUCCCUGUCACCUCGUAUGUGUCUGUGAAGGCUGACACAGGCGAGGCUUACGCCCUGCGAGCCUUUGACUAUGAAUCACUGAGAGAGUUUCACUUCCAGGUCAAAGCUCAAGAUGGGGGCAUUCCCCCACUCAGCCGGGUUGCCACUGUCUACAUCUACAUAAUGGAUCAGAAUGACCACGCACCAUUAGUAGUCAACCCUCCUGGCAAUGGUACACGCUCCUUGGAAACGAUUCAGAAGAACACAGAGCCUGGUGCCUUGGUGACCAAAGUUGUAGCCUAUGAUGCAGAUGCAGGUCCAAAUGCCUGGCUGGUUUAUGUGCUGGAGACAGCCACCGAUCUGGACUUGUUCAAAGUGCAUGAACACACCGGUGAGAUCAGGACCACUAGAAGGAUCAUGGAGGACAACUCCACCUCCUUCACUCUGACUGUUCUAGUGAAGGACCAUGGGCGGCCUGCCCUCUCCUCCACUGCCACCAUCAAUGUAGCCGUCAUGGAGGCUCCACCCAAACUAGCUCCUGACCCCAAGAGGAUCAUCAGACCCCACAGCACGCUGCUCUUCUCUAAUGUGACCCUCUAUCUGAUUGUGGCUUUGAGUGCCACCACCUUUGUAUUCCUGGUCACUGUGGUGGUGUUGGCUAUUGUUCGCUGUCAUGCCUACUGCACCCAGCCUGGUUCUUGCUCCCCCUGUUGUGGGUCACAGAAGCCCCCUCCUGAUGGCGGGAGCAGCAGUGUAAGUGCGGGUGGGCCAGGCGGUGCAGCCGGGGCACAGCCUAAUAACAAUGUGGUGCUUCGGAGGGAUCUUAAAGUUGAGCCACACUACAUCGAAGUACGUGGGAAUGGUUCCCUCACAAAGACUUACUGCUACAAGACCUGUCUGACCGCCACCUCUGGCAGUGACACGUUCAUGUUCUACAACACAGGACGCCCCAUCAGUGGCACCUGGGGCAGCGGUGCUGACCGCUUCUUCACCAGUGGAAGUGGAUUUGUACGCAGACUGAGUAUGCCUGAUGCUUCGAUGCAGCUCUGCCCAGAGCCGAAAGCCCCUAAUGCUGACUGGCGAUAUUCUGCAUCUUUGAGGGCAGGGAUGCAGAGCUCAGUCCACAUGGAGGAGGCGUCUGUGAUGCAGGGAGCCCAGGGGAUGCUGGUCCAGAACUGGCCCACUGUGUCUAGCGCUGCUGAUGGAGAUGGGGGUGGGGAACUGUCACCCCCAGUGGGUGCUGGAGUCAACUGUAACAGCUGGCAAUUCAGAUACGGCGCCCAACAAGGCUACGGCCCUCCUCAGCCCCUGAAGCCCGGAGAGAUUCCCCCUGAAGCCUUCAUCAUCCCCGGAUCCCCAGCCAUCAUCUCUAUCCGCCACGACUCUGGCCCUGUGGACGACAAAGGAGACUUCAUAAGCUUUGGCAAGAAGGAGGAGGCUAAGAAGAAGAAAAAGAAGAAGAAGGACAAGAAGGACAAGAAGGAUAAAGGAAAGGAUAGUGGGGGGGAUGACUAGAGGAGAAGGGCUGACUUAAGAACAGAGCUACCAACAAAAAAACCAACCCAGAAACAGAGCCAGAAAAAAAGCCAAAUGCAUAUAGUUGAACUGAGGGAGCCUGCUUGCAUUAUAUUUGCAUAGACAUUGUACAGUGGCCAAACCCUCAUUAGACCAGACUUGGCUCCCUACUCUAUGCGAACUUGCUAAAUGAUAGAUUCUCUCUCUUUCUUGGCUCAUUUGGCCCCAUAGCUUUGGCCUAUAAAAGUCAACAGUUAAGUCAAACAAAUGCUCAUAGUAAACAGACUUCAUCUAAAAGCUGGACCCAAAUUAAACACAUACGACUUUACUAGAAUAGAUUCUGUGAUUUGCUGCCCCCCAAGUUUGUAUAAUGAAAUAAAAACACCUGAAAAGGUGUACUAUUUGUAUCUGACCAUUGUCAGCUGAGGCUGCCCAAGUUGGCAUCUCUGUCUUUAUGCAGCCCCCUCCCCUUUUUAGCUCACCUACUUAAAGGUGAAGUCAAAGCCAAACGAAAUAAAAUGAAACAAAGGCUCUUUUUUCCAGAGUUAUCGAGGCCUUGUAGAAAAUCAGAUAAUGUGGUCUUUUAUAAAAAAGAUAAAUAAAUAUGAAAAAGUAACAACAUACAGUAUAUGUACCAUGAGAUUAAUACCUUUAGAAGAUCAAGGUAACUGGACCACACUCUAUUAAAGAGCUCUGUUUCAGUGUAACAUAGCACAUUGCAGAGGCGGAGGACCUGGACUGGGUUGCACCAACUAUGCGCAAGUUUGUUCCCACAUUAGGGUUUGAAGUAGUGGCUUCAUAGCUGUUGGUUGAUUUGCAAUUAGAGAGUUACUUAAUUCAAUUGUACUGCGGUGGAAAGGGGGGGACUGUAUGGCUGAAACUAGUUAUAAUGUUAAAAAUAUGUAUGCAGUCAUUUUGCUGAUGGGUAUUAACCACAAGGAUUUGUAGAUAGAUAGAUUGGCACAAAAUUCUGAUUGGUUAAUAGAAUACAUAUUUGACUCUUGAGGGACCGUGACUGUUUUUGGCUGUUUCAGCCCAUUCUCUACCAAUCAGCUCUACUAAAAUCACUACUGACCAUUGAGUUUGUAUGUUUGAUUAUUUGUUUAUUUAUUUUAUCUCAGGAAUCCAUUAUUUUUACUCUUUCAAAACUAACAAUGAUUCUUUUCAAUGUAAGAAAUCCAUCCAGGUGAACUCAACGUUUGGUUUAAUUGUUCCAUUUUAAUGAUUUCAGAACUGCGCUGCAUCUUCCCAAAAAUGUUUCUUUGGCCAAAUUUACCAAAGAAAUGAUGGGUAACUAUGGGAUUCAAUGGGUUCCAAAUUCUUACCUAGAAGAGACACAAUAAAAUAAGUGAAAACCACAUUGAAAUGAAUAUAGUCAUCAGUUAGUAAUUCAGCAAUUGGUAGGAAAUGGGCUGAGACAUCUCAAAAACUGUUCUACGGUCCUUGAAGUGCAAAAAUGGCAUGAAACCACUAAAGAAAAGAUACACUGUGCAAAAAAAAAAAAGAGAAAAAACCCUGCUUUAACUGUUAGUGAGUGCAAUUGUGUGACUCUGUAUCAUUUGCACCUGCUUUAUUGCUUGCUUAACUAUUUAGUUGUUACUUAUGGUUAAGUUUUGUGGUGCUACCGCUUGUGUUUUAGCAAUGCGUGAAUGGGGAUUAGUGGCUAUGACUUUGGAUUUAAAUAGGGAACCUACGUGCAGCUGAUGCAACCGACCUCUGACCUUGUCAGAAUUACAUGGCACAGGUCAUCGGGGUCUCACCCAGUCUGACGCACAUGUUAUCCCACAUAAACACUGACUCUCUUGUACACACAACACAAACACUGUAACAUCCAAACAUCCAAACACACAGAUAUGUGCGAAAAUAAUACACGCCCCCUUCUUGGAAAGACUGAAGGCCAGUGCUGUCUAUACUUUGGGAGUGUAUUAUAAGGCUGGGAAGCAGGAAACUUGGUUGUUGCUUCAUUUCUGUUCAAGCCUGACCCCUCUACUUCUGUCUCUGAAUGUUUAGUAGUUGUUCUUCAAACUCUGCACCACUGCCUCGACUGCUUCAGCGCUUGUAGGAUUCGCUUUGCCCGCUGCCUGUUUCCUCUCUCUAGUCCUCCUUCUUCAAGUCAACACAGUUGGACAACAUCUUUUCAAGUCACUCUCCUUCGAUGAACUGUGCCGUCGUAACACAGAAACAUUUGUGUAUUUGCAUAUUAACACACACACAGACACACACACACAAACCACAGUUACUCACACACAUACAUCUUUUGUUAGAUAAGGCAUGUGUCUCUUGAUUGCUCAUUGUUGACAGCUCUGUCAUCUCUGGGAAUGGUUGUGCGCUUUGCAUCGUGGCGACGUCUGACAGCUUAGUGAAAACCGAGACAAUGCUGUGGUGGAUAUAAUGAUACAAGAUGAAGAGACAAGAAGAUAGCAGUCAUUGUACUAUAUCAUGUAGCUCCAACGUAGAUGAUAAAGAAACAAGUGCAGAGUUAAUAUGGCAAGCCAGUCCUGUUUAGCACGAGCAGAGGUGUUGUGGUUGUUUCUGUGUGUGUGUGUGUGAGCCAUUAGUGACGACUGAGAGACUUGGGCCGAACAAAAGACACUGAGAAAAUAAGAGAGGCAGCAGUUGGAAAAGGUUGCUGGUUGGUUGGGAAAGGGGAAAGACCUACUGAGGAGGUGAAGCAUGCUGUUGUUUGUUAUGCAGCAGUUAGAGUUGAAUUGAUAGAUGGUUAAAAAAAUGGUAAAUGGACUUGUACUUAUAUAGCGCUUUCACUCAACAUUCACACACCGCCGAACAUCAGCGGGAGCAAUUUGGGGUUCAGUGUCUUGCUCAAGGAGCUGGGAUCGAACCGCCAACCUUCCGAUUGAUAGACGACCGACUGUACCCCCUGAGCCACAGCCGCUCCGGUAGAAUAAGGGAAGAUGUUAGCAGCAAAAUAGCAAAGUCGAUGCAAGUUGAGAAUAACAGCUGGCAAUAACUUACGAUUUUACAGUAGUUUGCUUCAUGGAAACAUAAUAGUACUGGGGAUGUCAGGACAAACCUUGAAGUUGUAGUACAGUACAGUCAGAUGUCUUCAAAUUAUAUCAGACUCUUGGCGUGAGAGAAGAUUUUGGCUGUGGGAAUCGUAUUGGUUUCAGUUUGUAGGGAAGUGUUGUCAGCUUGCAUUUCAGCCAGUAGAAAAACAGUUCUAUGAGAGGUAAUAGAGGCAGACUGCAUCAACCAUAAUAAAAUCCCUAACUUCAGAGGCUACUGUUGACAGUGCAUUCUGUUUGUCUCUCUGAUGUUCGUGCAGAAGCAAUUUUUGCAUUAAAUGUUGCAAGGCAGACUGUUAGAAAUGACCAGAGAGAAGAAAAUUACGUCUUGGCCCUGCAAAUUGAAUAACCGCUGGCUGCACAGGAAGCCCUGAAAGAUUGGCUGUUGCUCCAAGGGGCUAAUUGGUUAUCAGAUGAUAGCCAACCAGUUCUGAGAUUCCCAUGACCUAAGUGUAGGCUGUGUGAGAUUUACAGCUUUGUUCGGCCUUGAUAGUGUAAAGCCCAGGUCUGGCGUGGUAGAGGAUGGCUAGUAGAUAUUGGACCGGCAUCAACAUGAUGUAAAGUGUCAUAAAAACUCACCUUGGUGUUCCUUUUUUAGACCAUCGUCUUACCAGUCACAGUAGGGGUAUAUAGGUGCUGCUAUAUGGCUCAAUCUCUCCCAUACACACAUUUCCUCCCCCUACUCCCUCCGCCCCUCCGUCCUUCAGGUGUACUUCUGUGCUGUCAGAUCACCAAGUGGCUGUUUGCAUGUUAUAAGCAAAGGAAACAGAUAAUAUAUAGAUACUAUAUAUACAUAGAUAUGUUUUUCCACUGGGAAAUGCGUAUUGGAAUACAUAUACCUCUAAUACACAUUCUCAAAGACGAUACACACCCAUGUAAAAACCCACUCUCAUUCAAACAUACACACACGUAUACAUACAUACAUAAAAUAUACGCUAUUGCGAAACAGUAAUUUGUGGAAAAACAUAAAAGAUUCACAUUUUUUAUCCUGUUGAAAAUGACUUUAAUCUUCUAGAUAUACAUAAUGCUAUUGUGUUAUGCUAUGAAAUGCUUUUUUUUUGUUUCAGUUUUUACCCGUAUGGUUUUCAUAGGUAAGAAAAUCAGUCCUUCAAGUUGUGUUAAGCUUUGAAAUGAUGAUCAAACAAACACCAUUGUGGAAAUCAAAUCAUUUACUCACCUUCCAUAUCUAUCCCCCUCCCUCUGUAGAUUUAAAAUAAAAGAGAAAGAAAAAAAAAAAAAAGAAAAUACAUGAAAUAAUAUAUAAAAAAAAGUUGAUGUACUCUCUGCUUGUGUAUAGUGAAUGUUCCUCAGUCACUGGGUGUGGCGGUGAGUCACAUCCCAGUGGACUGUGACAGUGCAGAUCUGUUAAUAACUUUUUUUGUACACCUGCUCAUCAUUGUAAAGGUGAUAAUAGUGAUUCUUAUGAUUUCAUCAAUCUGGUAAUGUGUUUUGUUUAUAAGUCACAAAUAAAGUUUUUCUUAAAUAUCUUACUAUCAA